AUGGAUGCAACGGAACAAGAAAUAUUUACAAUUAUUAAUAAUCAUCGUCAACAAAAUGGUUUACCAUUACUUCAACCAUCUGUUAAUCUUGCUUAUGUUGCUCAUACACAUGCUAUUGAUGUCAUUGAAAAUGAUCCGGAUGUUAAUGGUGCACAGCUAAUGUGGAGUAAACCAUCUGAAAUAAGUAAUUAUAAAUUUAAUGGUUUUGAAAUUUCAUUUGGUUAUGCACAAAAUGUAAGAAAAACAAUGACAGUUAAUCCUACAGUUGCUGUUGAUAGUUGGAAAAAGAGUGAAGGACAUAAUAAUGUUAUAAUCCAACAAGGUGCUUUCAAAAAUACAUCAAUGAAAGCCAUGGGUGCUGGUGUUUAUAAAGGAUAUGCAUGUGUAUGGUUUGGUCAACAAGCGGAUACAUAUCCAGCCCCUGCAUAA